GGUUGUCAGGCGUGUGCAGGGCGAGGGCUGAGGUGGCAGCCGUGGGAAAUGGAGCAGGCGGGAUGCGCGGCAGGGACGGAGCCAGGAGCCCGGCGGUGCCGGCUCCAGGGCAUUCCCGGGGAGCGGCUGCGGGAGUCAGCGCCGGAGCGCUCCCGGCUGGCACGGCAGCAAAAGCCCUCAGAGCCCGAGCCUGUCGCAGCCAAGUCUGUUUUCCAGGAAUAGCAGCCGUCCCAGGAAAAGGUGCCGUUGCCGCCCCGUAGGUGUGCGGCUCUGAAGGGUGCCCGCACCGCAGUGCAGCGGUUUCCCGGAAAAACUGCCUUGUGCUAAUUAAAGAGGAAAACCGAAAACCCGCUUGCCCAGAAAUGUGAAUAAGCAAAUAAUGUGUAUUUGGAGCCUUAGUACGCAGGAAGAGAGAUUAAAACUUCCGAUAACGCAUGUUUGUGAGUUGGUUCUACUUUUUUUUCCCCUGGAGUUUAAAGCACUAGGGCCAGGAUUUUGCCGAAAAUACAUGUGCUCAAAGAAUACCGUGUCGUUAUUUUUAUGGAAAUACUGGGAAGUUCUGCCUUUGAAUUCCGUUAUUCCUUCUAUUGUGUCUUCUAAACACUGUACUUUCGUCAAAACAAUCCAAGACAGCUAUUUUUUUUUCAAUAGACAAAAAUAAGUUUAGGAAAAAAAAUGUAACUUUCUGGAAAAAGAGGGUUGGAAAGUAUUUAUUUAGUCGUGAGUGUUAAGUGUUAAACCUCUCAUCUGGGAAAUAGAUUUUGUGCCCAUAAGAGCUGGUCAUCUGGAAAAUAGAUUUUGUUGCUGUUUGAGCACAGAAGACUUUCCAUUCUGAAUGAUUUCUGGUGUGCUUUAGCGUGGAAAAUAUUAAUUCAAUUAUGUAAUUUUGUUUCCUAAAUUAGGGUUAAUUUGUAAAAUAUUUACCUGUAUUUAUAUCAUUAAUACUUAUUAUUAUUAUUGAAUAUUUUUGUGUCUCUCCAGAUAUUUCCCAAUAUUAUGUUAGGAAACAGAAGGGAAAUUCUUGUGUAUCUGUCAUGCACUGCUUCCCCCUCCCCUCAGAUCACAUUCCUUUUUACAGGGAGGUGCUUCUGUUCCGUGGUUUGUGUUUUGUGUGUUACCUUGUCAGAAAUAGUCAAGUAUUGAAUAUUUCUUGUCUUGAAAAUUACCAGUGUUUCUGUAUAUGGUGAGCUCUGAGUAAGGUUGUGUUCUGCUGUCUUAAAGUUAGCUGUUAUUAUUAUGGUAUAGUUUUUACUUUUGUUGUUUAAGGAGGCUUUGGUUGGGGUUUUUGGUGGUGUGUUGGGUUGGAGUUUUUGGGUUUUUUUUUCUCCCUGUUCAUGCUUUCAGUCUUGGAAGUCUCUAUGCAACAUCCCAGUGCUUUUGGACCAUACAGUUUGCAUAGCUCCUAAAUUUUUAUAUUGGAUGUUCUUCAGCUUUUUCAUUUGGUACUUAAAAUCUGCUGUGUACAGAUGACAUUUACACAUGUUUCUCUGUGUUGGGAAAUGAGUUUUCUAUCCUGUUUUGCUGGCUCAGGCCUCGGGGAUGUUGGGGUCAACUGUAGUGCUUGUGUAAAUGUUUUACUAACUUGAUCUCAAGUUAACUUUCAACUUCUUGAAAUUCAUCAUGUGUAGUUACAUAAGCAUGUUCCACUUCUUGUAUUGAGUAAUGAUAAACUCAAAUUUGAAUAAAACGACUCAAUUGGUAUUUGAUGUGCCUUCAUGACCUUAUGAUUUGCCUGAUACGUAGUCCACUCCUGUUGGCUGACAGUGAAGGUGAAGAAGUGCAGGCGUGGUGUCUCUUGCCGUGGUGCUCUGAAGGUGGUUUUCAUUAGGAAUUCCUGGAGUGGAAUAGCUGUUACUUCCAUCCUGCUUCAGGUGUGUGCCUAGCGUGCUCAUGAUCAAUGCUGAUUAUUACUGUUCCUUUUGAAAGACACUAACUGAGCCUACUGAUGGGGAACUGUGGGCUUUACCUUGCUGAACUGCUUCAUUGCAUUAAUCAGCUUGUGCUCACAUUACAAUUACCCUGUUUUCUCCUUUCUCUUUGUUGUUAAUUUUCUCCACCCUAUUGUAUUCUGAUACCAGGUAGGACUUUUUAAGUUGAGUGGAAUUGUUUUGAAAAUAUUUUUCCUUCUCAGUAACUUAUGUACCCCGAAUUUUUUCUUCCGUACUUUCGAUUCUGUCUUUCCAAAUCCUUUUUUCCAUUUCUGUUAUGCUCUGCUGAUUUUUCUCUCUCAUCUCUGAUUUCUUACUUUGAUCUGUUUUCAUUCUUCUUAUGAACACUGUUUUGCUAGUGUACUUGGUUAAAUGGACUUCACCAGUCAUUGAAGGGGCUCAGUGUGUGUUUUUCAUUCUUCAUGAUGGAGAAGAAAAAUAAAAUCCCAAGGUGAUUGGUUGUGAGUUUGUUGUUUUACAGGGUUUUAUUUGUCCUUAGAAGCAUAAAAGGGGAAGGAAAAAAAGUCAGGGGAAAUACAGAAAACAGAAAGUGUGAUAUAGAGGUGGUUAUCUGAGAAGGGAUAGAGAAGCUUCAGGAGGGUAUUUCUUGUGAGACUAAGGAUCUGGCAAGGAAAGUAUGAGUUAAUGAUGGCAGUUGCUCAGAUAUUUUCGGAUCAUCAGAGAUUCUGAGGCUUACAUAACUGUCACAUGUGCUGUUUGUAAUAGGACUCUGGAGUUUGUUCUUGAGAUAGGUGCUUGGGUUGUGUUUGUGAUCAUUCAUUAAACAAAAAUCCUUAUGUUGCAUGAGAAUAAGAUCACCUCUUUGAACCUGCUGGAAAGUGACUCUCACUAAUGCACCUUAUAUUCUGUUAAAACAGUGCAGCUGCUUGGAUUUUUAGUGGCCCUCCUUGCUGUGAUGAAGGAAAUCUGGGUAGUGCCAGCUGCAUCUUAAUACAAACCCAUAGCUACAAAACUGCUAAACUGCUUGGCACUUCUUAUCAGGUCUCUUCAGGAGAGCACUUUGUUACAGAACUGUGUAUUUACUCCUUUCUGCAUAAAAUGUGGAUACUUCAGAAAUUAGUGCAAUUGGAGUUGAUCUGUCACAGGCACAGGCCAGGGCUGUUGUUCGCUAGCGGAACUGUGGUCAGUUCUUCUCAAGAGUGUGCUUCUAGGGCAGUGAGGAUCAGGGGUCUGUGCUUCUGCCCACAUCUCUCUGCUUUUGUUAGGAACAGGAAGAUAAAAAUAAAGGUCACAGCAGACAGGUGACAUUACCUGUCUGCAGUGGGCUCUGCACUCUGUUGGCUCUAGGCAUAGCAGAAUGCUGGAGUGAGUUAGAGAGAUGCCUGAGGAAUGCGACCUUUUUUGCUGGGAAUGGGUAAAAGUUAAAUCUCCAUUCGCUGCAACUGGGGACAAAGGUGAAGAAUGGAAAUAAAAGUCUUACAAGGGCUGAAUCUGGGAUAAAAGGUAGUCAAAUAUAAGUGAGCUCUUUGGAUGUGGGAGAAGGGUGUGUGGAAAUAGAGGCUAUAGCAGACUCACAUAGAAAAGAAAGGAGAGGGUUUAGGAAUGAAUGCAUGUAGGAUAGAGACAGCAAGUAAAGAUUUCAAGAGAAUGAACAUGGUGGGGCUGAGCAGCUUGCUAAAAGACAGUCAAAUGUAAGAGCAAGCAGUGGGCAGGGGUCUUGGGCAGAGCUGAUGAGCAGCCAUAUAAAGUAGAAUAUUCAGUGCUGUGGGUGGAUGGAUGUGUUGCCAAGUGUCUGGAAAGUGAUGAGGAGCUGUUUGCACCUUGUGUAUGUGAGUGUUCUGUGUGUAGGUUGGUGCAGGCGAUACUGCAUAUGGUGGGACAUCUGGUCACAUGCUCAUUUCUGCUGUUAAAGAUGCCUAUAUAUUCUCCUUUUUACCUGGGUGCCACAUGAUUUCUCUUCCCAUGUCUUUUAUUAGCAUUUCUCAGCAAAAAUAAGUGCAGAGGGAUAGGUGUAAGAGGAGAUGUAAUUGUAUCUUGGUAUCCAGGUGUGUGCAACACAGCUUCGGGGCUUUGGCUUGUGAAACUGUUGUUAGAAGCUGUGUAAGCAUCCUGAGUGUUUGGGGCAACUGCUUUAGAUUUGUGAGAGUGUGUGGGUUUUGCUGCGAUUUUUUUGUUGUUAUUUGUAAUUCUGAAAAAUAAAAAACAAAGGAAAAAGACAGGAAAGAAACAUAUUAAAAAAUACUGAGAGGCAGAGAUCAGGUGCUGCUCAGUUCAGCCCCUCUUGUGCAGCACAGGCUCUUCUCAGAGAUGGGGAUGCUGCUGGAAGGAUAUUCUUUCAUUCUCUUUAUGUGCUAAUCUCUCCCAGCAGCCGUUCUUAGCCUGAGAUGAAAUUCUCUUUGUUUGUGACCCUGAAUAACACUUGUGUUCUGCCACAGCAUCUCAAGUGUGUAAAUGUUAAAGUGGUUCUGACCAAAGUUCCCCUCUGGCAGUGUUUCUUUUCAGAUAAUAUUUGGGCUUUUGGGAGGUUCUGGAGACAGACUCUGAAUGUCGAAAAUCUGCAAGACAAAUAAGAGAAGGAAAUUGUCUGAAAGUCGAAUCUAGAAAUACUGGAAAGCAAACUAUUCCAUCUCUUCUGUGUUUGGGAAAUGGAGAAACCUUUACUCUGAAAGAACAAAUCAGUUAGAUGUAGUUGUAGCAAUAAAACAAUUCUUUAUGGAUGAGGUGUUGAAAGGCACCUAGAGAGCGAAUGUAUGUGUACAGAAUGAUUUAUUUAUUUUCUUUUUUUAAAUGGAAUUUUAAAGGAGAGAGUCCUUGGUAAUUUCCUUUUUUUUUUUUUUUUUUUGGUUUGGUUUUUUUUUUAACUCUUCAGGACCUUCUGCAGUUCUGUGAUUGCUGAUACCUGCUUGACAGCCUCAAGGGGUCCUGGCAAGAUGGCAUCUUCCAGACUUCCCAUCCUUAUAGCAUUGGCAUUUUCCUCUUUGCCCUUUGUUCUUUCACAUUCAAACAGGGUAAUGUGGUUUCAGGAGUUCUUUCCACCUAAUGUGUGCCCUAUAAAUGCCAAAGCAAACACUUUUUAUGGCAUCAUGUUUGACGCAGGAAGCACUGGAACCCGUAUUCAUAUUUACACCUUUGUGCAGAAGAGCCCAGAAAAACUUCCAGAGGUGGAAGGGGAAAUCUUUGAGUCUGUGAAGCCAGGUCUGUCUGCUUAUGCUGAUCAGCCUGAAAAGGGUGCUGAAACUGUCAAAACAUUGCUGGACAUGGCCAUAGAUGCUGUACCACCUCAUCUGUGGAAAAAGACCCCGGUAGUGUUAAAGGCCACAGCUGGACUUCGCUUGCUGUCAGAGGAGAAAGCUCAGGCUCUGCUUUCAGAGGUUAAAGAAGUCUUUGAGGAGUCACCAUUCCUUGUUCCAGAGGACAGUGUUGGCAUCAUGGACGGAUCUCAUGAAGGAAUUUUAGCCUGGAUCACUGUGAACUUUUUGACAGGGCAGCUGUCUGGCCAGAACCAGCAAACUGUUGGGACUCUGGACUUGGGAGGAGCCUCAACCCAAAUCACCUUCCUGCCACGGUUUGAGGAAACUCUGAAGGAAACCCCUGGGGAUUUUCUUACCUCAUUUGAAAUGUUUAAUAGCACCUACAAGCUCUAUACCCACAGCUAUUUGGGGUUUGGACUAAAAGCUGCAAGACUGGCAACGCUUGGAGCUUUGAAUAUGGAAGUUGUGGAUGGACAAAUGUUCCGCAGUUCUUGUUUGCCAAAGCAGUUGGAAGCAGAGUGGCACUUUGGGGGAGUGAAAUAUCGGUAUGGUGGCAACAAAGAAGAUUAUGAACGCGGAGGUGUUUUGGAAGUGAGAGAUUUUGAAAGAAAAGCCAAAGAAGUCUGUGAUAACAUGGAGAGAUACAACUCAGCCAGUCCUUUCCUCUGCAUGGAUCUUACUUACAUCACUGCUUUAUUAAAGGACGGUUUUGGAUUUAGGGACAACACAGUCUUAAAGUUGACAAAGAAAGUAAACAACAUAGAGACAAGCUGGACUUUGGGUGCUACCUUUUACCUGCUGCAGUCUCUGGGGAUGACUUAUUGACCUGUGAUACUGCUGUGGACUUCAGCCUUUCUGAAAAUAUUGCAAUCUCCAGGUAUAUUGUUCAGCUGGGACUGGUUACAGAGCAGAACAUGGACCAAAGAUACACAACAGAUCUUUACCCUGGAUUGGCAUUGUGCCUAAUGAGAGCAUGAUUUAUAACUGUGAUUGCCAUAAAUGAUCCAGAAUCUGCCUUAUGAAAGUAAAAAGGUCUAAACCCCAGCAGAGAAUAUGCAAGGGGCUCAAAACCAGCUUUCACCAGCAAGUCUGUUAGAAGCACAGAGUUCCUGGAUGUGGUGGCAGACUACGAGACACAUGACUUCUCCUACCCCUUUCUAUUUUUAACAUACGUAACUUAAGUUUGCUUGUGAGAUGUUAAAUAGAGAAAUCAGAAAUAGCAUCAACAGUCAUUCAGAGAAGAGUGAACAAUUCUGGAUGCUGCCAACCUCAGUGUUCCAAGAAUCCAGCUGCUAGCUUAGCAAAUACAUGGCAAGAAUACUCCAGUCUUUCAAGAAGGGCUUUCUGUAAGUACACUUUGGGCAUGGCUUUAGGAAAGGUGUUGGCUAAAACAGUAAUUUACCAAGCAUUUUUUUAGGCAGUAGGCAUUUCCUAAGCAGAAUGUGUGCCUGUGUUUCACUUUUGCUGCCCUUUACAAAUCUGUGCAGCUACACCAUACAUCUGACUACCAGACUUGAUAAAUUUAUUCAUUUAGCAUGUAGUCAUAACACACAGUUGUGCUGGCACAACGAGGCAGCAGUGCCAGCUAUUGAAACUCAAACUGCCAGAAGAGCUUGUCACAUUCCACCCACAAGGAGAUUGCAGUCAGAUGAAAUGGCUGAUCUGACAGCUCACUUUGCUGUGAGAGCCAGUUCUGUUUCUCUGCUCUCAGCAAGGCACACCCACAGCCUUCUUCCCUUUGCUGCUGGUGCUCCUCAGGUUCUUGCAUGAACUGAUUCAGGGCACCUGACUUGAGGUGGUGUUCACCCAAGAGUCAAGUCUAGUGCUAUCCCAAGGACAGCAGGCACUGGCACAGCCCAGUGAGACCUAGUGGGCCAGGGAGUGGUCUGAGCACCACAGUCCCUUUGGUUGGAGUGAGCUCUAAGGUAUGGUCUUCCAUUUGAAACCCACCCAUUGCCCUAAGUAAAAACAGCACAGCUGUAGAGACUUUUACCAUCCCAUGAAAUAAUUGGAAGCUUGAUACUGUCUUCCCCAAGGAAUGUGUAAGGUACAGGUGAAUUUACCCCAUCACAAAGAGGUAUUACACAUGCAGCUAAGGAAAACUUAAUCCACUGAUGUCUUGUGAUGAACAUUUCCUUGUUGGGCAGUUGCCUGUUUGCUCUAAAACACCUUUCCUGCUUCUGUCAAACCAAAGAUUGCCCUCACGCUGCCUUCUCUGCAAACUGGAUUUGAAAAUAAUUGGCAAUUCCCAGCAAGGGGAGGAAGUAGCGCACUCGUCUUCUAUGGUCUUGCCGAACACGUUGGAGACUCAGAAAUUUGCCUUACUGUGAAGGUUGGUCCUUUUCCUCCAGUUAGCAGUGCAACUUUGCCUGUAGCUGAUCAAGCUAUCCCUUCUCAUAUCUCAGGUUUUACAGCACGAGGGUACAAGGCGUGCUUUGGAUUGAAUUACUUCAGUCAGCAACAAGAAGUCAGGGGUUGGGGAUAGAGCCAUCCAUACUUAUCCCAUCACUGACACCUUGCCAUAAAUUCAGGCUGCUUUUUUCAAACGGGAAAUGCUCGUCCUACAUGUGUACUCCUUACCAGAAUCUGUUUGAGAUCCACAUUGAGAAAUUCCUGUGUCACACCAAAGUUCUGUCAUUUCUUUCUAGAAGUUUCUGUUUGAAUACUAAUAAGAAAGUAAAUUGUGGCCUCUUCUCAACCAUUAACAUUUCUUAUUCCUCUUCCUACUGUUGGCAAAACUUGGUAUAUGCUCUGGUCUGCAGAACAAGGUGACUGCAAAUGCAUUCAUUUUUGUCUUCAGUGAAAACUUUUGUAUUCUCAGAAAACAUGAAGUAGGAUGCAGUGGUUACUGGCAGAUGCCAUACCUAAGAAGUAGCAGCAGCAUUAUCUGCCCUCUGAAAACAGACGAGCCGUGAAGAGGGCUCAAGGGCUGGGUUUUGUCUGAAGUGAGGAGGGGCUAGAAGAAGGGUACCAUGCAGAAGAAGUUGUUUUUUCUGCAUUCUUUUCUUCGGACUCUGGUACUACAAAUGCUAGGAGGGAGCAUCUGCUUCCCAGUACCAAAGUUGCAUUUACUCUGAAUGCUCAGGGCCUUCAUUUGUCAGUGGCACGAUUCAUUAACUGAAGCAGAACUUCUGCUCUCUGUUACUGACACGAUCCUUCAGUUAUGAGAGAAACAAAACUCUGCUAAAAGGUUUAUUUUUGCAAGAAAUUGCAGAAUUGCGCCCCUGCUGUUUACAUCUCUCUGAACCCAAGGGGGUGGGGGGAUCUGGACAAACCCAGUCAAGUCCUCACACUUACCCUAGUGCAAUGACAUUAUUUAUUAGCUAAACUAAAGAAUAAGCAGCCUUUUAAGAGAAGAGCUCUACUUGCAGCCCUGAUUUUUAUCUCCUCCUUUGUAAUGUCUUUUAGCCAGCCACUAACAAGAACUGCCUAAUGAGAGUGACUGCAGAAGCACAAGCUUUCAGCUCCAAACUUAAUGUUUCAUUCUUUUGAUGUCAAUUUCUGAUACUGGUCAACCAUCUGUAUAACUCUUGCCCAUGGGCAGUGCUUAGUUUAAUUGUGUGAGUGGAAAAUGUCUAAUGUAACAGGCUGGUGUUUGCAACCUAAGACAGAAUAUCUUGAAUUGUCUAUUUUAGUAAAGCAUUUUUAACAAUA